AUGAUACAUACAGCAUCCUCAGCUGCGUUGCUGCAGGCCGCCUUUGACUUCUGGGAUGCGCAGCCGGCGCACCACGCCCACCUGCUGAGGACGUUUGCGGUCGAGUGGGACGCGAGCGGGCGGCGGUCCUUCAUUGUGGCUGCCCCGGAGCGGUUUUGGGCGGAGUACCGAGCGCUGCCACAUGCGCAGCGCAACCACUAUGAGAUCAUCCGUGAGCGGUGCCCCUGCCACCUGUACUUUGAUCUGGAGUUUGUGCCGGCGCUCAACCCCGGGGUGGACGGCGGAGCGCUGGUGACGCUCUUGACCCAGGAGGUCGGAGAAACCCUGAGGGACGUGUAUGAUGCUGUGCUGCACCCCAGUAUGGUCCUGGAGCUGGACUCGUCGACGCCAGACAAGUGGUCGCGUCACCUGGUGGUCCGGCUGCCGGGGCUUGCCUUCGCAGACAAUGCGCACGCAGGCGCGUUCGUUCGUUUGGUGGUGCUGCGCAUGCUGUGCAAGGCGCGACACAGCACGCGCCACGCCGGGCUGGUGGUCGCGGCCAAGGGGGGCGGCGCCACGCUGGCGGUGGACAUGGGGGUGUACACGCGCAACAGGGCCUUCCGACUGCACCUCUCCAGCAAGGCGGGCCGCGACGCCCACCUGCGCGCCACCCACCGCUUCGGCGGCGCGGCUCGCGACCCGCGCGAGUUCUUCUUCGACAGCCUCAUCUCAAACACGCCCUUCGGGCCGUGCCGGGCGGCCUGGGCGCUGCUGCAGCAGCAGCAGCAGCAGCAGCAGCAGCAGCAGCAGCAGCAGCAGCAGCAGUGCGGGGACGAGCCGCUGGCGCCUCCGACGACCAGGGUCGCCUGGCUGCCAGCCCACCGGCUGGUCCGGUCCGGCGGCGGCGACGGCGGCGCGGCAGGGCGCAGCCUCUUGGGACGGGCGCCGCUGGGCCCGCGGCAGUACCCACAGGACUCGCACCCAACCGCAGCACCAGAGCACGGCCGGAAGCCCCACAAACAAAGCGAGCUCGUGUCUCAGCUGGCGCACACCACCGCCGCAACACCAGGGCCGCGGCCGCGGCCACGGCCGGUCAGCCUUCUGCGCUGCGAGGGCGUUGACUGGGAGCCGCUGCUAGAACAGCUGCCACCCGAGUGGCGGGGCAUAACGGCGCUGCACCACUCUGUCGCGGCGCCUGCGGCCGCGACGGGGCCCGCGGGACAGCGGCAGCAGCAGGGCCGCGCUUGGGCAGGUGCUGGCGCCGGCGCCGGGGCAUGGCAGGACGCGUCGGAGGCGCGCGCGGCGCCGUCGCCGUUUCCCGCUGUGGACGCGUUUGUUGAGUCCGUGUGCACGCAGGGCGGGAGCCAGGGCCGCGUGCGCAGCUGGGUGCACAGCCGCGCGGCCGCGGGGCUGCUGCUCAACGUGCGCGACAACCGGUGGUGCGGCAACGUGGGGCGCCCGCACCGCAGCAACGGGGUUUACUACGUGGUCGACCUCGCGGGCGGCACUUGGCACCAGCGGUGCGCGGGCGGAGGGCCGGGGGUGGCUGCGGGGUGA